GUGCCGCUGUCGUGUGCCAGCAAGCGAGCCCUAAAAAGGGCGGAGGGGCCUUUCGUUUAGCCUUUUGCGUGAGGAUCGAGGGAGGAGGCGUGCCCUAACGCUUUCGUUCUUUGGCUCGUUGCGAUCGGUGGUUUUCUCUCUGUUCCGUUCUUCUUUUUGUCUUCGUUGCUUCGGGCGGGCGUUUCUUUUCGGGGUCGGCCUUGUGGAGCUGAUCGAGACGGAGAAGGUGGGAUGUGAAGAGAUGGAAGGGAGCCUCGGAGAUGGAGGUGGUGGCGCUGUAGGAAAGAAUGGGGAACGAAGCGACGGACGGCCGCCGAACCCUUUCGCUGGAGCGUAUCGGCAGAGCUACGACGUGGCCCUUGGCGGAUCCCCUGGCGUGGCAACUCUCAUUCGCCAUGGCUCUCUUACAAAGACAGAGGGACUGGAUGUUCCUGUGGAGGAUGAGAAAAGCAAUGAAGAUUUUGAAACCGACUUUCUCCCGAUUGUGCGAUCUGGGGCUUGGGCUGAUAUAGGAAUCCGGCCGACAAUGGAGGAUGCCUAUGUUUGCUGUGAUAAUUUCAUACAAGAGUAUGGGCUCAAGAAUUCUGGAGGGCCUAAUGCAUUCUAUGGGGUUUUUGAUGGGCAUGGUGGAAAGCAUGCUGCAGAUUUUGCUUGCAGCAAUUUGCCUAGAUUUCUCUUAGAGGAUGAGGAUUUUCCAGGAGAGAUUGAAAGAGCGGUUGCUUCUGCAUUCUUGCAGACAGAUACUGCUUUUGCAGAGGCCUGCUCUGUCAACUCUUCUCUUGCUUCUGGUACAACCGCACUGGCUGCACUAGUUGUUGGAAGGUCACUGGUGGUCGCUAAUGCCGGAGAUUGCCGUGCCGUUCUUUGCCGCCGUGGAAAGGCCAUCGACAUGUCGCACGACCACAAACCGGAUCGCAGUGAAGAGAGGAAACGGAUUGAAGCUUUGGGGGGAUUCGUCUGUGAUGACUAUCUCAACGGUCUGCUUAACGUGGCCCGUGCCAUCGGGGACUGGCACGUCGACGGGAUGAAGGAUCGGGACGGCUUGGGGCCUCUCAGCGCCGAACCUGAGGUGAUGACAAGGAGGCUAACGGAGGAGGACGAGUUUCUGAUCCUGGGAUGUGAUGGCUUCUGGGAUGUCUUCCGUAGCCAGAACGCCGUGGACUUGGCGCGCCGAAAGCUCCAAGAGCACAACGAUCCGACCACAUGCUGUAAGGAGCUCGUCGACGAAGCGCUGAAGAGGGAGAGCAGCGACAAUCUCGCUGUGGUUUUGGUGUGCUUCCAAACCAAGCCGCCGCCGGUCAUGACUGCUCCGCGGCCUCGAGUUCGGAGGAGUAUAUCGGGAGAGGGGCUUAGGGAGUUGCAGAGCUUUCUAGAUAGACUGGCUGAUGGAGCGUAGGAAGGAUUCAUUGUCGACAACCUUGUGAUCCAAAACCGUAGGGUGGAUUUUAGAUGAGCUCGUGUUUUUGCCUUCCUUUGGUGAGAUUUGUUAUUGGUUGGUUCAACUGUAGCAUAUGCGGUGGCUCAUUGUCUGUCAUCUGCAGUGAGUUUCUUUUAGCCCUCAACUGUAGUAGGCAUAUGGUAUUGGCAUAAGCAUUUAUUAUCUUUAGGUUCAUUGUUAAUUCCAUCCACGGUCACAAUUUAA